UUAUUAUUACUUUUACACAUUUUGUUACAUUUUUUUAGAUAAAUUUAUAAAAAUUAGCAAUGAGUGCAUGUAACGUGAGAGAACCAAGGAAUACAGUUUCUGGGGACUGGUCAGGAAGGUCCCCACCCACAACCCGAUCUUCAUCACCACCGAGUAGAGGAGAGGCAAUUUUCAACAAAUACAUUGAUCUAAUACACUCUAAAUCAAAUUUAUCUACGAAUGAUAAACAGGCAGAACCACCAGAACGUCCUUUUGAUUUUUAUGACGAUGAAGAAUUUGCGUUUGGUAUCAAUUUGCUGAAUAAUAAUGUUGCGUGCGUUGGGGACAACAUAACUAAACUUAUCCAAAUGGCUCAGGAGCCAUGGCCGGACAAUGUGAAGCUGUUCCAGCCUUACGAGGUGGAACAAAUAUUGCUGCCAGACAACGCCAGCUGCCUUGCUGUGCAGGCGUUCCUUAAGAUGUGCAACCUCCCAUUCGAAGUGGAAAUGCGUUGGAACGCGGAGUUCAUGUCCCCAUCGGGACGUGUUCCCUUCAUUAAGUGCGGCGCCUUCGUGGUCUCCGAGUUGGAGCCCAUCGUCCAGUUCGCGGCCAACAAGGGCGUGACGCUUUGCGCCAGGCUGACGACCGAGGAGAAGGCGGAAAUGAGGGCCUAUAUGAGCCUCAUCACUAAUGUUCUGGUUAAUGCUGAGCUAUACAUAUCAUGGGUGGACAACGACACAUUCAACGCGGUGACCAAGGUUCGCAACUCGUCCGUGUACCCGUGGCCGCUCGGCUGGCUGCAGACCAGGGCCAAGCGGAACGCCGUCAUCAAGCGGCUGAAGGCGCUGCACUGGUAUGACAAGACCUUGGAUCAGGUGUUGGCUGAUGUAGAACAGUGUUGUAACUCACUGAGUCAAAGGCUCGGAGAUCGCGAUUACUUCUUUGGUGCCACGCCGACUCCGCUAGACGCGCUGGUCUACGGCCACAUGCGCGCCAUAUUGUCUGCGACUGGUGCCAAGGUCGCCCUCAUGAUAAAAUGUAUCACCAGCUCUCUGCUUAGACAUUUACUAAGAUGCAUUAAUAUCACACAGAUGACUAUGACGGCCCAAGAGGAAUACCUAGUGACUCAAGCGUUCCAACUCUCCCGCCGCCGACUGUCCCCCGAGAGGACCAUGUCUGAACGUAGCACGAGGAUUAAACGCUCCCGAAUGAGUGUCAGGAACACUAGCAAGGAUAAUAUAUCGUACAGCGGAAGAGAUGUUUUUGGCUUCAAACCAUUCGCAUCGAAACAAAUAAUAAUUAUGACGUCAAAGGAAGGCGCAAUAACCUGCAAAUACGAAUCCCAGAAGAAGUACGAUAAGAACUCGUUCAUCGACGAGGACCGUUACAACUAUAUGUACACAAUCAUGGAAGAUAUACUCGAGAAAGUCGAAGAAAUUAUAUCCGAUGAAUACACUGAGAAACUCGAUUCGGAUACCGAAAAGAACGAUUCAUUCGAGAUCAUAUCGAUUCCAGUCCAAAGUGUUCAAGAUGCGAAAUUUGAAGCUGUCGAAAUGAAGGUUAACGAAUAUUUGGAUACGAUCAUGGAGAAUGAUUUGACGGACACCACGAACUCUUUGGAGGCGCACGAAGGUGUUAUACACGUGAUACACGAUGGAGAGUCCUUUGACAGUUAUGAGAAAGGCGGGAAAGUUGUUGCUGAUGAUGUGACGGUUAAGAAUUCACUCGAUUCUGAUGCUACUGACAUAAGCAAUAAUAAAGAGCUGAAAGAUUGUGAACUAGAGAUGAACAGCGACCGAGAUUCCAUCGGCAAUACUUCUGAUAAAUCGCCGUUUGCAAGGACCCCGAAUUCUACAGAUUCUCAGUCCACUCUCAAACUGCCUACUAACGAAGAGAUCUCCGUCGAAAGCCUCCUCAACUACCUCCGCCAACGAAACGCCGCGUACAACUACGGCACAGUCGCCGACAUUGACUAAACAAUACGCCGAUCCGGGAAUACGCCGUUUCGGACGAGCGACACGAAAUGGCGUAUUGUAUUGUUGAAACAGAAAUUGAGAAAAAAAUAAUAUUUGUUUUGUAAUUUUUUGCUUGCUGUUGAGUUU